AUGGGAGUGAUUCUCACUGUACGCCAGGCGUCGGGAAUCUUGGACUCCAUGAAAGACAUAUUGAUUAGGUGCGUUAAAAUAGGGGCUAUCUGAGAACUGCAAGAUUUAAGAAGAAAAGGCGAGACACCAUCCGGUCCGGCAGCUGUUGAUCCAUGGACCUUUUUAAGGUGUUUCUCUACUGUUGCCAAAGACACGGGUUGGAAUGCACUCGGUGAUAGGGGAAUGUCUUCUAAGGGAAGAUGGGAGUCAUUGUGACUAAAUAUAAAAUUUUUAUUUAGGGAGUCUAAAUCUGCAUCCACAUGCACCAGCGUGUUGCGAUGACCAGUGAGACGCUUAAGAUUAUUCCAAAUCUCAGCUGAGGAAGGGGGAAAGGGGGGGAGUAAGAAGAGGAAAAAAGUUGGCUGACAAACAGGCUAUUUAGCCUGUCAAUCUCUGCUUUUAUUAAGACGGUAACGUCCUUAAAGUUAUCACGUAAGCCUAGCUUGUAAAGGAGUUCUUUUUUACGUCUUAACGAUUUCAGAUAGGAGGAAGAAAUUCUAUCCGGUCGUACCAUAACAGUAUCAAAAGGGCAGCAAAUAUCGAAAAUUUCCUUUAAAAACGCUGUCAGGUUGGAAGAACAGGAUUCAACAUUAGAAUGUUCAAGGAAAGUGGGGAUAGUAAGAGAAAUGCAAGUCUAAAGCAUGAGAAUGUUUUGGGCGGACGUGUUGCGAACCUUAACCUUUCUCUCAGGCUUGGCAAGCAGUGCACGUUUUGAGGUGGAAUAGAUUUUUGGAAUGCACAAUAAAGUGGAAUGGUCAGAACCUGACAAUGGAGCCCUGUUUUUUACGCAAAAGAGCUUGCUGUGGUUAGUCAGAAUAUGAUCAAGAGGGGCAUUUGCGCGAGUAUUAAAGGAGACAAGAUCAUCGAAGCCUAAAAGUGUAAGGGGACGUAAAUUCACGCGAUUAAAAUCACCGCAUAAGAGAGUAAGAUAGUCGCAGGAUAAUAUAGCAAGUUUUUGUGAGAGGAAGUCGAAAAACGGGUUAAUGCGCCUUCACAGGAAGAGGGGGGAAGGUAAAUACUAACAAAUAUGAUGCCUUUAAAAUUACUUAACAAACGGGGCUUACAUAAAACAGCGAUUACAUCUAUUAAAUCAUCAGAGUAAGAAAAAAGGGACUUGCAGUCUCUACACCAAUUUUGAUUAACGAAAAUGGCAACGCCUCCACCUCUGCCACAAGAUAAAGAUUUUCUAUCUGCUCGAAAUCAGUAGAAGGAUGGGGGAGAAAUAAGUUGCAAAUCAAUGUCACUAUUAAGCCACGUCUCUUGAAGGCAAACAACUGCAGUUUUGCUGUGUUCUUUUUUCGACAAAAGUAGCUCCAAAUCAUGGGUUUUGUAGAAAAUAGAACGACAGUUUGUCGACAAGAAGGCAGGAAUUGACAAUUUGUGAUUUGGCUGACGUUUGAAUGCGAAUUGCCAGCCACAACGGUGUUUUCUCCGAUGCAUAGCCCGUUGUUGACGAACAUUUGAUAGAUUCAACACAGAACGAUCACAAAUACGACAUAUUGGCCGUAAAGUACAACAGUGUGCAUCAUGGUCGUUCGUAAGUGAAAUUGACAAUUUAAUUCCGUUCAAAAGGGUGCUAGCGUACUGUCGAGACGACCUCAUAAUCUUAGCUCAGACAAACAAAAGAUGCAAAACAGUUCAAUAUAUCGAAUAGAAAAGGCACAAUAAUGUACAAUUAGUAAAAAUCCACACGUGAAUGGAGAGCUACAAAAAUGGCGGCUCAAAUUCAAAAGCCCGCCACGCAGAAACGGUCUACAAGACUGGUCACCAAGGCAUCUUGUUUGAAGACUUCCUCAGAGAGUAUCUAGCAAUUCGUGGGAGUGGUAUUCAACAGAGAACUGGUUCGUUCUCUUGUUCGCGGAAGGACAACCCUACCUAUGAAGAACCAAAAUUAAGUGUCCCAUCUAGUCCUUAUUAUGAAUCAAAUGGUCUGACCUGCAGGCUGAUUAGUCAUCCCGCGCAUAAGUGAUUUCUUUGGUGGAGCUUUAAAAUUGUUCAAGGUUCCAGGAUGGCAGAAAUUGGUAGUAUGACUGCACAGAGGAAAACACGCCUGCGUUGCAAUUCAGAAAGGCCGCCCAUUGUGAUAUUCUAUUCAGUAACUUGUCCCACGCUCCUGUUAAGAAAUGACAUUAUCUAUUCUCUGGUGUCUGCAUCGCUGGCUUGUCGGAUUUUUUCAGUCCUAAGAGGGAAUUGUAGUUUUGUCCACCUAAACUUCUCAGAUAAAAAGGUUGAGCAAUCAGCACCGCCCUGCAAGAUACAAAUACUCACGGAGUCGACCGCUUUGUAGAGAGCGAGAGUGGUAAUGAUGGCUGUGGUGGGGGACGGGGGGGAGGAGGAGGAUCAGACGUCCUUAUAAGGCAUUACUCUUAGUAGGAGUGACAGCAGUAUUGAUUAAACAGUAAUAACAGUAGUAAUGACGACAGUUGUAAUGGUAACAGCAAUAAUGGUGGGAGUAGUAGUAGUAGUGAUGGUGGCGGCGGCGGCGGCGGCGGUGGUGGUGGCAUCGGUAGUAAUUGCAUUAGUAGUAGUAGUAGUAGUAGUAGUAGUAGUAGUAGUAGUAGUAAUGGUAAUAGGCACAAUAAUGACGGCGAUUAUGAUGAUGUUGUUGCUGAUUAUGAUGAUGAGGAGGAGGAGGAGGAUGAUGAUGAUGAUGACGGCGACGACGACGACGACGACGAUGAUGAUGAUGAUGAUGUUGAUGAUGAUGAUGAUGAUGAUGAUGAUGAUGAUGAUGAUGAUGAUGAUGAUGAUGAUGAUGAUGAUGAUGAUGAUGAUGAUGAUGAUGAUGAUGAUGAUGAUGAUGAUGAUGAUGAUGAUGAUGAUGAUGAUGAUGAUGAUGAUGAUGAUGAUGAUGAUGAGACAGAGGACGAUCAAGCAUCUGUGAAGAAGAUGGCGUCACUGACGAGGAAAAAGAUGAAGGCACCAUAUACUGCGUGCAAAUAA